CUGAAAUCCAUGUGUCAAAUAACGUGAAGCGGUGGUGCACUGCUAGUAGAUCCUCCAUGAAGAUCAGGCGUGCCAACUGCAUGCCAUAUCCGCGAGUCACAACACGAAGGGUAUAUCUUCUCUCGUCUGAUUUACCAUCUACAAUCGUUUUUGAUCGCUUUAUUCCAGAAACUUACCCAUGUCCCAAUUCCUGGGGGCUGCGCCUCUUUCUGUCAAGGUUUCCUCUUUCCGCGCUCCUUUUGAUGCCACAGAUGCAGAUUUGAUCAUUCAUACCUCGGAUGAUGCAAAAUUUGCUGUCCACAAGAUCUUCCUCGCUGUCGCGUCUCCGCUUUUGAAGCGUUUUCUGUUGUCAGGUUCAUCCUCUCCAUGUCCGCCGUUUGAAGGGCUCGUCCUUAAGUGCGAUGGCGAUCAUGCCAUUAUCAAACUCGAAGAAGACGCUCAGACAACUGAGAGGGUGUUACAAUAUUGCUACCCUUUCUCCAAUCCCGUAUUUAGCAAUCUAAACGAUGUACAGGCCGUCUUGGAGAUGAUGAAAAAGUUCGGGAUGAAGGGGCUGAUGAACAGAGUCAAGGGCUCGCUUGUACAGCAAGCGUUUCUAGAUGAUCAGCCGCUGCGCGUAUUCGCCAUCGCAUACCGUUAUGGUUUGGAGGAUGAAGCCCGCAUAGCUGCGAAGUAUACAGUCCGCCAACCCUUCUUCGCUCCCUACGUUGAAGAGCUAGAACACAUCCCUGCCUCUGUCUAUCAUCGCCUUCUCCAGUACCACCGAAAGUGCAGUGUUGCUGCAUGCUCGCUGACAGCCGACUUUUCGUGGUUUCCCGGCUUCGCAUCACGCUGGGUAUGGUUCCAAUGUGAUGACUGCGUUCAUCAUCCCCUAUCGUGGCCUCUUUCUGAUGGGAAGAUAUACGAAGUAAAUACAUGGUUCAUCGAGUUUAUGGAGCGCGCCAGGAAUGCUCUUCGUGAGCGCCCUUGUAGCAAGGUCGUCACAGAUCCAUUCUUGAUUGCGGAAUGCCUGGAAGCAGCGUCUGGCUGCCUUACAUGUCGACCAGCUGCCUUCCUAGAUCUCAGCGUGUUUAUUGGGGAGCACUUCACUUCGGAGAUUGAGAGGGCGAUUGAUACUGUGGAGCUUGAUAUCCCAUUCUAGCUAAAAAAAAUC